AUGAGUAGAAUAAUAGAAAUUAUUGAUUCCGAUGACGAUACGACGGCACCAACAAAAACAUCUUCAAAUUCGGCAAAUGAAAACUCACCAGCGCAAUCAAGAAGGCGACCUCGUAAAAGUGUCCUGCAAACAAUUGAUGAUCCAGAAGUACAAUUCCAAACAAUAGCCGUGGAAGAUGAGGAUGGCGGAAAUUCGCUUGAGGACAGUAGUGUAUUGAAAAGCAAUCCCAUAGGAAGGUCAACAACACGAUUGAUACCAAAAACUACUCCAAAAAUACUUGCACCGAAGCCACCAUCAAACGCAGAUGCUAUUCAAGCAGCCUUUGACGAAUAUGUGAAUAGGUCAGAGACUAAGGAAUGCAUGACAGCAAUAGCACUGGAACGAGUUCGAGUUAACUACUUACUAAAUUUGUUUGGAAUGCCGGAAAUAAAUUUCUCGCUUUACACACAACCAGAAAUCUUAAAGUUUCAAUUCGAAGAACGAUUGAAACAGCAGAAAAUGAUGCAGAAUGUCGGCAAUCGGGCAAGAAAUCAAUCGAAGCCCGAAACAACCUAA